AUGCGCCCUGCAUCCGUCUUUGAUGGAAUCCUGUUGAUAUAUCUACUAUUUGUAGCAUCUUCCAGUGCAUCAGUGGAAGACCAGGAGGUUACCGUAAUAGAUCUAUCCCAACCAUGGAACAGGUCUGCUCUGUACAACAAAAACAGUGCUUAUUGCCACAUCCAAUCGGCCAUGUCUCCUCUCUUCAACGAGGGCUAUGCUAUUGCGCAAAACGGUGAAUUAAUAGCCGAAGGGUAUGUCAAUGGAAACACUCCCAGCAGUCGCCUUCCCAUGUGGUCCGCAACCAAGGCUUUUGCAACCCUAUUGAUUGGAAAAUGGUGGAUCUGUAUCUGGUCCGAAUACAAGAAUCGCUGGGAGAAAUCUUUGACCAAGACACGGACUGGGAAGCGGUAG